AUGGAGGGACAGCGUGCGUGCCCCGCCUACACUCGUAGACCGUCAAAAGGGAAAAUAGACAGUUUCGCGCUGAUCCCCUUUGAAGCUUCGACCCCAUCAGCUGACCCUUCACCAUCUUCACCGUACUUUGUGGCAUACCCGCACCAGUACCAUUUCAUAUUGGAUGAACCGGAUAGAUGUCGGCAGGAAAGACCAUUCUUGGUUCUUAUGAUUCCAGUCGCACCUCACAACAGAAAGGCCCGUGAUGCCAUCCGCAACACGUGGGGCAAAGAGACCAAAGUUCUGGGUCAAGUGAUCAGCCACUAUUUCUUAUUGGGACGGUCUACAGAGGCAGAUGGGUCAGAGGAACAAGUGUUACAGGAAAGCCAGAAACAUCAUGACAUUCUCCAGAGUGACUUCUUGGACAGCUACCGUAACCUCACCAUUAAAACUAUGGUCAUGUUUGAAUGGCUCAGCAACCACUGCCCCAACACCUCUUAUGCCAUGAAGGUCGACUCUGAUAUGUUCCUGAAUGUCCACAACCUUGUUAGCAUGCUUUUGAAAGCCCCCCAACAUCUGUACAUGACAGGACUAGUGGCAUUGAACAGAGCUGUUCUUAGAGACCAUAACUCAAAGUGGUUUCUGCCUUUUUCUGCCUUCCCUGAGUCUAUGUACCCUCCUUAUGCCAUGGGACUGGGUUAUGUAUUCUCACUCGAUUUACCUAAAAAGAUUCUAAAGGCGUCUGCACAUGUAAAAGCUGUUUAUAUUGAAGAUGUGUAUGUGGGAUUGUGUAUGAGACAUCUAGGAAUUACACCGACAAAUCCUCCUAAUGGUGGUUGGUUCAGGGCAACAAUACCUUUUUGGCAAGGCAGCUGUUACUGGACAUCUGUCAUUACAACAAUACUAGAGAGUUCAGAGCAGCUUUUGGAUACAUGGGAAACAUAUCAGACUCAAGCAAAAAGUGUCUGUUAA